AGUAAUUUGAUUGAUCCGUUGGUUUGAGACAGGCUUUAGCAGCUUCGUAGGUCUAACCGAAAUAAGAAACUGUCAUUUUCUGGCACAGUUGGACCAAGUGAGAAACCAAGACACACAACAACAACACGAACAAGUCCUUACUAGCCGCAACACCAAUCCCAACAACACCAAGAAACACAAAACCACUCCUUUUAAAUAUCUUUCUCUUCUCUCUCAAACUUUUCUUUUCCAAUUCUCUCUUCAAUUUUCAACUCCUCUUGGUAUUUAACUGCCAAACUCUGUUUAGACUUGUGCAUUUUCUUUUGGGUGGCACAGACUGCAGUAUAGCAGUCACAUCCAAGGAUCAUUAUGAGUUGUGGCUGCUUUGGAGCCUCAACUCUGACGAAGAAAAGGAGUCCUUCUCGUGCUCCUAAUGAGAUUGAUGGCUAUCCACUUGAUAAUGUUGUGCAUUUCUCUGAUAAAGACCUGAGACUGGCCACUGAUAACUAUCAUCCAAGCAAAAAGAUAGGACGAGGAGGCUUUGGAACUGUUUAUCAGGGAACCUUAAAAAAUAGAAGACAAGUAGCAGUGAAGACACUUUCAGCUGGGUCAAAGCAGGGAGUUCGUGAAUUUUUAACUGAAAUUAAAACUAUAUCAAAUGUUAAGCAUCCAAACCUUGUUGAAUUGAUCGGUUGCUGUGUUCAAGAACCUAAUCGUAUAUUAGUAUACGAAUACUUGGAAAAUAACAGCCUUGAUCGUGCAUUACUUGGCACAGGAGGUACACAUACCAGAUUAGAUUGGAGAAGAAGAUCUGAUAUUUGUAUAGGUACUGCUAGAGGUCUUGCAUUUCUUCAUGAAGAACUUGUGCCACACAUUGUACACAGGGACAUUAAAGCUAGCAACAUACUACUUGACAGACACUUUAAUCCAAAAAUAGGAGAUUUUGGGUUGGCUAAAUUAUUUCCAGAUGACAUCACUCACAUUAGCACAAGAAUUGCUGGAACAACUGGUUACUUAGCACCAGAAUAUGCAAUGGGAGGCCAGUUAACCAUGAAGGCUGAUGUAUACAGUUUUGGGGUUCUUAUACUUGAAAUAAUUAGUGGCAAAAGCAGUGCAAGGACAAAUUGGGGAGGGUCCAACAAAUUUCUCUUGGAAUGGGCUUGGCAACUGUAUGAAGAGGGGAAACUGUUAGAGCUUGUGGAUCCAGAGAUGAGUGAAUUUCCUGAGGAAGAGGUUGUUAGGUACAUGAAAGUAGCUUUUUUCUGCACACAGGCAGCAGCAAGUAGAAGACCAAUGAUGUCUCAGGUUGUUGAUAUGCUUUCCAAGAACAUCAGGAUCAAUGAAAAGCAACUAACAGCACCAGGGUUCUUCCAGGAUUCGGGAGAAUCCUCUCUAAAGAAGUCAUCUUUUGAGUCCACAAGCUAUCAAUUCAGCUCUAACCCUGCCAGCAUUACUCAGGUGACCCCUCGGUGAAGCCUGAAUCAAACUCCUCAUGUGUGAAUUGCAUUGUUAAAAAUAGAAGGAAAGAAAAAUGAAAGAUAGAUUAUCUUCUUUUGUUUUCUUUUACAUUUUUCUUUUGAUAUUAUUUUUAAGAAGGUAAUAUAAGGUGUUUGGAUAAGUUUUUAAAGGUGUUUUUAUGGUUUUGCUUUUUUUUUUCUUUCUUUCUCUUUUUUAAUAAUAGCCUUUUCUAUGUAACUAGUGAAUUUCUCCACGAGUUUUCAAAUUUAAAUAAAAUUUAAAGAAAAUAAUAUAUAUUUUUAUUG